AUGUUAUCAAGAGUUAUAAUCAAGCCUGCAAUAUUUGCUCGUAGCUUUGCAUCUACAGCAAUCAUAAGGAAUUCAGAAUUGGCCAAGCCUACAGAUUCUGCUGGGAAAGAAAUCGUAUCAGGUGCCCCAAGAGACCUUGUUACUAGUAGGGUAGUCAGGAUAUAUCAAGAAGCCAAGCCAGCCACACAAUCAGGACACCACAAUGGUCACAACUGGAAGUUGGACUGGGACGUUUUGGGUAAAGGCAACAGAUGGGAGAACGACUUGAUUGGGUAUCAAUCAUCCUCCGAUUACAUGCAAGGAACUAUAAUGAAAUUCGACACCAAGGAAGCUGCUAUUAGGUUUGCCGAGAACCAAGGUUGGGACCAUUACGUCCAGGAGCCCAAGAAGUUACACUUCAGAAAGAAGGAAUAUGCUGCCAACUUUUACCACUCAUCUGGUCCAUUGAAACAUAUCAGAACUAAGUAG